CUCCCAUAUGACUUAAUGCAUUUAGAGAUGCAACAUUUUAGGUUUCACGAAAUUGUUAGCUAGCUCUCAUACGAUGAAAAGCAUUUUACAAGACAUUUAGGGGAACACAAAAAAGUAUUAAAAUGGAACGGUUACUGGAAUGGCAUCUGUAGUGCCUCUUGUUCAUGCGUUGAGAAGUGACAACGUUAGCUAGUUCGCCAGCUAAAAACAGGCUAGCUAGCUUUUUUUCGAAUGGACAAGCCUGUGAAACUGCUAGCUAGCUAGCCAAAAGAAGCCUAUUGAAGCCUAAUGAUUGUAAUUUAGGGGAGGCUUUUUGCUAAAGGAAUUGCAAGGCACUUCAUCUUCUUACAGUGAUGGAGGAAGUUGAUAAGAUUUUAAUUCACUCGCUUAGACAGACCGGCACGUAAGUAGUUAGCCAACAUUAUCAAGAACCUGUUGUUGCUAGUUAGCUAACGUUUGCCAGCUUGCUUGCUCCUGUAGCUUAUUUGUGUCUCUCUUCAUUGAUUUAGCUACAUUCAAUGACGUUACUCAUCAGAGCCAAUAUCUCAGCUGAUAUUUUCCUUGUGAACAUUUGCUGAAGUGUAGAGAGCUAGCUAAGUUAGCUAGAUUCAUUCACACUUGUACAAUUUUGUUCUAACAGCUGGUUGUUUUGAGUUUCACUCUGCCAAUCUGAAAAUCUUUGAGCUAGUGUUUAGACCAGAAUUCUUCCAUAUCGGUCAAGUUAGCUACACUACACAUUUUUGAAUGUCAUUUGAAAGAGUAACGUUAACCGGCUCAUCACAUGACUAUUGAGAAGUGUGUGUGUGUGACACAAAUGGGAAGUUAACUCCGUGCACCUGCACCUCAUGCUCUGUGUGUUUGCAAAGGGACGUGGGGGAGGAUGUGCAGAGUGUGAAGCGCUUCUCCAGUGAGCUCAUAGUGGAGGCGGUAGUGAAAUGUCUGCGAGUGAUCGACCCGGCCCUGGGGAGCGGCCUGUCCCCCUCCUUACCCCUCAGCAUGUCUGCCCGCUUCCGAGUAGGCAUGAGCCUGGCACAAGCCUGUCAGGUGAGAGGUCAAAAAGAAAAGGGAUAGUGCUCCCCCUCCUGUUUCGAAGUGGGGCUCGGGACACUCUCACCCCAAGACAAUGUUGAUCAAAUGAGGAAGAUUAAGAUAUUGUUGCAUCUAAAAUAAUAACCAUGCAUGACUUCUUGAUGUACCCAUAUGACCUAUAACCCCUUUGCAUGAUACUCAGUCCAAGGUCUUUUUAUACUCUAAAAUGAAUUUACUGUCAUUAGCUCAAGCUCAGUUAUUCAUGGUCCCAACUACAUGCAAGCUCAGUUAUUCAUGGUCCCAACUACAUGCAUGCAGUCUGGACCACUAAUGUCUGAGUAGAAGUCAUUCAGCAACCAAUUUGACCGCCUGCUACAAUGUGAAGUCAUGUCAUAUCCUAAUGCCAUUCCAUCUCAUUGACCACUGCUUUGAACUAUUUUUAUUUCCUCACUCGAUUUUCUUUAUUGAAUAGCCCAUUUGCUUGCAUAACUUCAUUGAAGUGAUCUUCUGAAAUUGAAUUUUAUUACAAGAUUUAGAAUCUCCCAAGUGUGAAUACAUUUGAUUUGCUGAUUUUGUGAAGUAGGCUCCAUCAUUCCACAUGUUCAUAGAUGGUCUUCAUACAAUGUCAUGGACUGGUUCCAUUUUCACGCUUAAUGACCCUCAUGCUCUAGAUUGGGUGAGGCAUGUGACGCAAAGGUCAAUGACCUGUGUAUGAGUAGACUCCAUAACCAGGUUGACAUGCGUUUCUAUGCAGGACCUUGGCUACAAGGGAGAGAUUGGCUACCAGACCUUUCUUUACAGCAAUGAGCCAGAGAUCCGCUCCCUGCUCAUGUUCCUGGUGGAGAAGCUGCCCAGAGAAAGUGCUGAGGCCUUGGACCAACCAGCAGGUACAGACUCCAUGUCCCACCAUUGUACUUCUUGUCAUUAUUGAAUACCCUUCAUACCUUAACUUUAGCUCUCCCCUUAUACAUUGGACUAUUUUUUUUUGCUUUAUAAUCUGAUCAAUAAAAAUACAUUGAAUGUUUGUGAACCUCUCAAAAUGAGAAUUAUAUUAUCUAUAAGUAUUUAUUUGUCUCGCAUUCAUUGUACCCCUUAACAGGUAAAUCGGUCCUCCUCCAGAAAUUGAUAGCUGCCCAGAUCAAAGCUCAGCUGGCCUUGCCCUGGCUCCCUCCAUCCUGCAGACUACCCCUCCUCUGUAAAACACAGGUAUGUCCUGCUGGCUAUAUCACAAAGCAUUAUCAAUGACAUGGCAGCUAAAGUUAAGAAACACUGACAAAUAACUGUUGGUUUCCUAGACUAUAAAGGAAGCUAGAUUUCAGGGCUGAUCAGUGAAAGUAGUGAGACAAUAAUGCAAUGCCCCUAUCAAGUUUAUCCUGUUUUUCAUGACCUCCUGGAUAUUUACUAACUCAAUAUACCAGAAUGAUGCACUAUACAAACUUCCUGUUUGAAUCUCUGUCUUUGUGUCAAGUGUUCCCACUUAUUGUAUGUGUUCUCACUUCACAUUUUUAUUCUUUUUAGAACCCAGGACCGUCCCACAGUUUCCACUCUCAGACCCUUAGUUUACCGCACUGCCUCAAAGUGCCUGGGAAAAAGCAAUUGAAAGGUAAACCCCAGAAUACACAGGACCCUCUGUACUGACUGUCAUUGCAUGUCAUUCUGCAAUCCAAUUCUUCCAAUUGUGUAGGGUUCUGAAUGAGUAGCCUAUAUACAUUAGCAUGUGUUACAUUAGGCAUGGUACAAGAUCUUCUUUGCCACUGAAAUAAGAGCCUGUGGUAACAGUUCAAUCCCAGUAUACCACGUCAUUCUUUUCACCCCCUCUCCAGAGGAAAAGGACUACCACAGGGACUUUCUUCCCCCUGUGACUGCCCAGCCGUCGCAGCAUGCCUCAGUGCCGGCCUCCCUGCUGGAGCUGCAUGCAGAGGAGCUUAGUGCCGCCCAGGAGUGGGAAAAUGAGUGGAACAGCCAAGGCCUCCUCUCCCGCCUCACCCCCGAGGUACACUCUUAAAGGGAUAGUUCACUUAAAGGGAUAGUUUUUCAAGUUUUUGGUCAAUUUGAAUUUGAGCACAAUAAUAAUAUUUAUUUGUUAAUUGCAUUGUUUUAAUCUCUGAACUCCACUCUGUCUCCUCUCGUGGCCACCCAGGAAUAUCGCUCCAGGAAGCGCGCCCGUCUGCAUAAGCGUAUCGAAGAGCAGCUGCGCGCUGCGGCCCAGCCUCGCCCGGACAUACUCUGUGCCCACAGGUCGGGCUCUGAUCUCACAGAGCUUCUGCAGUCCUUCGGGGGCUCCACCCUCGGUGGUGACAUCCUCGCCAAGGGCACCCGCUUCACUCACACUGAGAAAUUCACUUUCACACAGGUGAAUGAAGGGUUGAACAAAGCCUGCCCCAAAGACAUUGAGCAACAUCUACAAAUGUUCCCCCUUUUAUUGACAAUCGGAAUCUAGCCUUUAUGUUUCUCUAACCGGUCUGUGUGUGUGUGUGUGUCAGGAGCCUGCGAAAGCCUCCCAGCAGAUGGCAGCAGCGGCCAGCUCCCGCCCCAGCUCGCAUCAGUCGGAGGAGGACCUGCAGGCCCGACAGCAGGAGGAGCUGGCCUCCCUGCAGCAGCAGCUCCAGCAGCUCUCCCUCAGCCUAGAGGAGGUGGGCGGAGACAUGAGGCAGCUCACCGUAUCCAUACUUCAGGUAACUGGAGCCUCUCUUAUUUCAAACAGAUAAACUCUGUAUUUGUGUAGACCUCAGACUAGGGAUGUGCGUGGUUAUUCGAAUAUCCGAACAGAAAUUUGUAUUUUCGAUUAACUGUGUGUUUUCAUUUUUGCGGGGGGGGGGGGGGGGGGGGGGAUUUAUUAUAGCCCUAUUUUAACACUGAAAAGGCUUUUUCUAACUUUAAUUAAAAUAUUAAUAUGGCAUUGUUACAUAAAAGGAUAUACCAUAACAUAAAAAAAAAAAAAUGGUUUUAAAUAAAACAACCAACUUUUCAAUGUAGUUUAUGAUGUGCACAGUGCACCCCAUAAAAGCCUUCACGUGUAGCUUGUUGUUUAUGUUGGCCAAUCAAAAUGGCAAAGAGGUAGAAAGUGGAGUGAGUUCACUAAUGCAAUGCAAGAUGGAAUAAAAUUAUGGAAUGAAAAGUUAGCGAAAUGAGGAGUAGACAACAACGAGCAACCAACAGGUAGGCUGUUGUUUUAUCUAGCUAGCUAGCUAGCUUCUCUAGGCUUUUCCAGUCAAGACAGGCACUGUUAUAUGCGACGAUAAAUAACAUUGUGGCUGCUACAAGUUAGCUAGUCAUGGCUGUAGCUGAGUUGCCUUGGAGUCUCUCUCCCUCCGUCUGCUCCCUCCCAUCUCACACACUCCACCCCCUCCGCAGCUGCAGCAAUAGAACGCCAGCUUCUCUCCUUCACGCAGCAGUGCUCAGGUUAAAAACUUAAGUAAAAAGAAAAACGCAUGUAUUUCGGAUAUCCAACAAAAAUUCAUGAUACUAUUAGAAUAGUGAAAUGAUUACCUAUCCCUAUCUUCGACCAGAGUUACCACAGUCAAAUGAACUAUGACAUAUAAGAUGUAGUCACCCUGCGAGACUAACUUGUAUCUUGUCUGUGUGCAGGUGUCAGAUGAGCUGAAGCAAAAAGAGCUGAGCAACGCGGAGAAGGAGGACUCUGUGCGGGUGAAGAAGCAGACCAUUGACCUGAUGCCUGACGUAGAGAACAACCUGGCCAAGCUGCAGGCCCUGGUGGAGGGAAGUGCCAAGCGAGUGGUCAACCUUGCCACCCAGUGGGAGAAACGCAGAGCUCCGCUCAUCGAUGAGCACCGCAGGCUCAAGGAGCUCUGCAGCAACCAAGAGGUAGCAUUAAUCUCCUUGGAUAUCACCCAUGUGUGUGUGUGUGUUUGACUGUGUGAGAGAGAAAUUCUUAUUUUAACUUCCAUUAUUUUUUGUAGAUUGAGUCCUCCAGAAAGCUAUCUGAAAUCAAAGAGCUUCACAACAAAAUCCGUCAAUCUGCGGAGGAGUCCAAGAAGAAGGAAGGACUGUAUAAACAACUGGUAUUAGAAGAAAUGAAAUGUAUUUGGGAUGAUUUACUUCCACACUGUGUAUUCAUUUGGUUCCGGUCCAUGCAUUGUAUGUCUGACACAAUUUUUUGGGAAUAUGACUUCUCCUUCAGAUAACAGAGUUUGAGAAUCUCCCAAAAGAUGUCUCCCGCUCAGCGUACACUGCGAGGAUCCUGGAGAUCGUUGGCAACAUCAGGAAACAGAAGGAAGAAAUUACAAAGGUACACCGUUUGGGACACCUCUCAACAAUACAGUCCUGAGUAUCUCCUCAAAAACAAAGGAAUUAAAACUCAAUUUGAUUCUGAGUAGAGUGAUUUCAAGUAUGGUAUUUGUGUGUCCGACUCUCGGUCUCUGUAGAUUCUGUCUGACACUAAGGAGCUGCAGAAAGAGAUUAACAGCCUGACUGGGAAACUGGACCGAACGUUCGCUGUGACUGAUGAGCUGGUUUUCAAGGUAGAGCACCUAGCAAGAGAACUCAUGCGUCUACUGUUUGGAAUUAUAGGUCAAAGAAAUCCCUUCUAGAUCACCUGAAAAUGCUCAACUUGCUACCAAGGACCCAUGCUAUCAGUUUGCUCAUGCCUUUCAUUCCAAUUAUUCUAUACCACAGUUUGUAAAUUCCAGGAAAGCAUACCAAUGAUGUUCCUUCUUGCCUAAUCAAUACUUUUCCUAAUACUGUGCAGGAUGCGAAGAAAGACGAAUCUGUCCGCAAAUCCUACAAGUACCUGGCAGCCUUACAUGAGGUAAGAGCUUGUUGGCAGAAUAUAACCUUCUCUUAGAAACUGAAGAGCAAUACAUACUGUAUAUCCUUGGGUCUGGUGCUCUUUGGUCAUUUUAGGUGCCUAUAGCUACAUUGGUUAGUUGUGUGACUUGAUUAUCUUCCUUGGUAUAGAACUGCACUCAGUUGAUCCAAACUAUUGAGGACACGGGCACAAUCAUGAGAGAGAUCCGAGACCUGGAGGAACAGGUAUAUAUGGCCCCCUUAUUUUAUUCCAAACCACUAACUUGCACUGCUUCUGUACAACAUGAGAGUCAGUUUGUCAUUUUAUUUACAUAGUGAUAUAGGGCUGACUUGGUAGAGCAAACUUUGUAAGUUUCCUUCUCUCCAUAGAUUGAAACUGAGAAUGGUAAGAAGACUGUAAGCAACCUGGAGAAGAUCCUGGAGGACUACAAAGCCAUUCGCCAGGAGAACUCUGCUCUGGCUGCCAAGAUCAGAGAGGCCUGACAUGACCCUCCUCAGCAUGAUGCACCGUAGUGGCCGCCUGACUUGUCUGCUGGUCAAACUGACUGGUAGCAUGCCCUCAAGACUGCCUGUCCUGUGUGUGUGUGUGUGUGGAACCAAGAAAGCACACUUCAUCUGGUCUCAAGACGUUCAACGCUGUCCUUUGUCCACUGUCUUGUUGCAUUGCCUUCUGGGAGCACUGACAGCACAUGGGGGAGGGGAGGUAGAUUUUUGUACCAUUUUUAAUGCACAAACCUUGGCUUACCCAAAAACCAUGCUGGAUAUAGAAAAUAUGUGUGAUGUAUAACAACACAGCGAUGAAUUAUACUGGCCUUGCAUCCCUGGUGUCCAUACACUGGUUCCAUAUUGAUUCCACCCAAUCAAAAAAGUAGUUUGGUAAAUGAUCCUCUCAGACUUUUUCUAUUAGAAAUGUAUAGUAGUUCUUCAAAAUUGCAGUAGUUCUGAUAGAUCCAUCAAGUAAAUGUCUUGAUGAGCUACUUUGGAAUGCGCUGCAAUUCAGGUGAAUUUCUUCAUGUUGGCCCUCGUUCCCCAGAAUAAUGCAGUGGCUAGGUACGGCCUAAGUAUCCAUUGACUUGUGCCGAAAGAAAUUCAUGCCAUAUUUUGUCUUAACUGAAGUCGAUAUGGAGAUUACUAGGUUUGUCCUUUCUAGUUCAUUCUCAUGCCUUGAAAUCAAAUGCUGCUUUUGUCUGUCUCAUUGGCUCAGUGUUAUUUGGCUUAGGGAGCCUUGGUGCAAAGUAAAUGGCCUCACCUUUUGCGCACUGAUCUCCUGAAAUGGUCUAGAUUAGAAAACAAACCACAUUGAUUGACAAUGAAUGGAAAUGUGUAUAAAAACAAUACAAAAUGUUUGUCAUGGCAGAAAAUUAACAUGUUAUUGAAGUCCUGUACUGUUUUCUUUCACAUGUUUAUUUCAUUUGAAAUGCUGAAAGGUCCUUGUCGUGUUUGUAUACAGUCCUUUUUUUUUGCUUGAUCCUGGGGAUCCUCUGUUGAACUGGCUCUAGCCCUGUUUAUACCUGGUGCUAACAUCCACCCUUUGUCCUAAUCUUGUCAACAUUCU